AUAAAAAUUGUUGCAAGUAAAUCUGUCGUUCAAAACUCGGAUUGUUCAUUGCCGAAGUGUGUUAUCAGCUAUCGAGGCAUUAGUAAUUCAGUGCGAUAAAAAGAACACAUCUCUUGUGAUUUGCUUUAGCAUAUAACUAAGCCAGGCCAGCGCCCCCUUUCUUGUAUCGCGUGUGAUUUCGUUUAUCGGUGUUUAGUGUGUUCCAGAUAAAGUUCGUGCAAAAAUGGCCUCAGGAGUAACUGUGUCGGAUGUGUGCAAAACAACGUACGAGGAAAUCAAAAAAGACAAAAAACAUCGCUAUGUCAUAUUCUACAUCCGAGACGAGAAACAGAUCGAUGUGGAGGUGAUCGGGGACCGUAACGCCGAGUACGACCAAUUCCUCGACGACAUCCAGAAGGGUGGACCGGGCGAGUGCCGAUAUGGACUGUUCGAUUUCGAGUACAUGCACCAGUGCCAAGGCACCUCGGAAAGUUCCAAGAAGCAGAAGCUGUUCCUUAUGUCCUGGUGCCCCGAUACCGCUAAGGUCAAGAAGAAGAUGUUGUACUCCAGCUCCUUCGACGCGCUGAAGAAGUCACUGGUCGGCGUUCAGAAGUACAUUCAGGCUACUGAUCUCUCUGAAGCAUCACGAGAAGCCGUCGAGGAGAAGCUGCGCGCCACUGAUCGUCAAUAAGAUUAUCCUUACUUAAGAUUACGCACACAACAGAUUCAACAGCUACUACAGAAACAGAAAACCCAACACGAGAUACACUGUUACAUAAAACUACACUCAGAGUCAGAAAUUAAAUUCAGAAGAAUGUGAAAGCAAAACCAGAAUACAUCAGAACAAACGUAACAAUUCAAAAGAAAAUAUGCGAGAGAAAACACUGAAACAGCAUAUGAAACGAAUAAAAGAAACAUAAAAUAAAAGUAAACGCUAACUAAGGAUAAACAGUAAACAAAUGCAAACUGCAAUGGAUGAAGAAAAAACGCGUGUGUCUAGCUGCCUGCCUGAGUGCCUGCCAUCCGAAUAAAAAACAACUAUUUCGAUUGAUUUGGCAAACUUGAGGCAAACACCACAAUCCAACGCAGCCAGCCAGCCGACGACAUAAGCAAAGCAAAAAACAACUGCAACAAUAAGCAUAUACCGGUAGUGAAACAAUCCUAUCGCGCAGGGAAAGUCAGAACUGUCAGGAAACGUGUGCCCAUUCUCCAGGGGGCCAGGAGAGCGAGAGGAAGCGUUUCUUAGCAAGGCAUUUAUUUAAGCGUGUGUUUAUUGCCUCUCUGUGGCCCUUUCAAGAUUCGCUCCUUUCCUUCCCUCUUUUCUUAUCCAUUAUUGUGUGUGUGCGGUUAUCAUCAGGAAGCAAAAGAAUUAAUAAAAAAAAGAAAACUACAACUGGAAAAUUUAAAACGAACAAUCGUAUUACAGUUAUGAUUAAUUUAAAUUAAAACAAUAAAAUACUAAUAAAG